AUGGCCAGCCGCCUCGGCCGCGGGAUGUGCUGGGGCAAACGGGGCCGGGGCUGCCGUGGCGGGGGCACGCUGCUCGCCCUGGGGCUGCUGGCUGCCGUCGGCUUCCUCGCCUGGCGGCACGGCCCGCCGCCCCGCCACGCCGUCCGCCGCGCCCCGCCGCAGCCGCCGCUCGCCACCGAGCUGCUGCGGAAGCCCGUGUACACGAAGCCGGCGCUGGACCCGGGGGCACUGGGCGAGCUGGGCCGGGCGGUGCGGCUGGAGCUGAGCCCGGCCGAGAAGCGGCUCCAGGAGGAGAGCAUCCGCCGGCACCAGAUCAACAUCUACCUGAGCGACCGCAUCUCCCUGCACCGCCGGCUGCCCGAGCGCUGGCACCCGCUGUGCAGAGAGAAGAAAUAUGAUUAUUACAGCCUGCCGAAAACCUCUGUUGUGAUAGCUUUUUAUAAUGAGGCUUGGUCAACACUUCUGCGAACUGUUCAUAGCGUUCUUGAGACAUCUCCAGAUAUACUUUUGGAAGAAAUUAUCCUUGUAGAUGAUUACAGUGACAAAGAACACUUAAAGGAGACUUUGGAAAACUACGUGGCUGGCUUACGCAAGGUGCGUCUUAUCCGUGCAAACAAGCGAGAGGGGCUGGUUCGAGCCCGGCUGCUGGGUGCAUCUGUGGCGAAAGGAGACAUCCUGACCUUCCUGGACUGCCACUGUGAAUGCCAUGAGGGCUGGCUGGAGCCGCUGCUGGCAAGGAUUGCGGAAGAAGAAUCAGCUGUCGUCUGCCCUGUUAUUGAUGUUAUUGACUGGAAUACUUUUGAGUACUUGGGAAAUGCUGGUGAGCCACAGAUUGGCGGAUUUGACUGGAGGCUGGUCUUCACUUGGCAUAGUACCCCUGAAAGAGAACAGAAGCGGAGGAAGUCCAAGACUGAUGUGAUCAGGUCUCCAACCAUGGCAGGUGGAUUAUUUUCUGUGAGCAAGAAGUACUUUGAUUAUCUUGGUUCGUACGACACAGGAAUGGAAGUCUGGGGAGGAGAAAACCUUGAAUUCUCAUUCAGGAUAUGGCAGUGUGGAGGAAGUCUUGAGAUCCACCCUUGCUCCCACGUAGGUCAUGUUUUCCCCAAGCAAGCUCCAUACUCACGGUCCAAAGCUCUGGCAAACAGCGUGCGUGCAGCGGAAGUGUGGAUGGAUGAAUAUAAAGAACUUUAUUACCACCGAAACCCACAUGCUCAACUGGAACCAUAUGGAGAUGUGACAGAAAGGAGACUCCUUCGAGAGAAACUGAAAUGUAAGGACUUCAAAUGGUUCUUGGAGAAUGUGUACCCAGAGCUUCAUGUACCUGAGGACAGACCAGGCUUCUUUGGAAUGCUGAAGAAUAGAGGAAUGGCAAACUUCUGUUUUGAUUAUAACCCUACAAAUGAACAUCAAGUAACCGGACACAGGAUCACACUGUACCCAUGUCAUGGCAUGGGACAAAAUCAGUUUUUUGAGUACACAGCCCAUAAUGAAAUACGUUACAACACCCGACAGCCAGAAGUCUGUGCAGCAGUUGAUUCGGGGACCGACUACUUGACAAUGUACUUGUGUCAGGAAAAUGUCCACAAUAUUCCUGAAAACCAGAAGUUUGUUUUCAGAGAGGAUGGUACCUUGUUUCAUCUUCAAACCCAGAAGUGCAUACAAGCAGAGUCAAACGCUUACAAUGGUAACCCAGCACCAUUGUUACGACCAUGUACAGACUCGGACUACCAAAAAUGGUUCUUCAGAGAAAGAAGUUGAUCCAGAUGUGGUCUAGGUUAUAGCUGAAUAUGAAAAUGUGCUCUUUUUAUUCAGCAGUUAGUCAGCCUUUUGAAAAUCACAUAAGUGAUACAUUUUUGUACAGAAAGAACUGUAAUUAGUUUACAAGCCUUGAAUUUCGUUUUCUGGAGCAUUAAAAGGCAUUGAGAGCUUGUGGUUAUGCCACAGAAUCACUCCUCUUCUUUACUCUUUAUUUGGCAGAUACAUAACUGCUUCUGAAGUGUCUAAGGUUCUUUUCACAAGCUACAAUAUAUUUUUUUUAAUCUACUGUGUGAAAGUAAGGCAGUCAAAAUAAUUGCACUAGUGUUAUCUGCCAGUAACUUAAAAUGUUUACUUUUCUACUAAAGCAUCCUGCAGUUGGCCCUUUUAGAAGAUAGUAGUUAAUCAUUCUUAUUGUCUUUUAAAUACGAAGAAGGUAAAUGUAGGCCAGAUUCUGCCCUAAGUGACUACCACAAAACUGUCACUGAAGACAGUGUGGAUUUGCACAUGAAGGCAGAGUAGGUCUGCAUGUAUUUGCACAAAUAACAAUCUAGAUGCUUACAGAUUGCACAUACUUGACAAUACUGUACAUCAAAUGUUGUGACAAUUUUACAUGCUAAUGGCACUUGACAAGUUUCUAAACAGGCUUAAGUCUAGUUUUGCAGUAAAAUGGGGAUUUUUCUCAUCUUAAAGAAAUACGGCAACAAUAUUUAAAGGUAAUGCUCUGGGGAAAGCUAUUUGCAUUCACAUGCAUCUAGUUAUGUGGUUGUGUCCCAGACUGCACAACUUACUUCAACAUUAUGUGGAUUUUCAACAUGCAUAAAACUUCCAAGAUCAGACCUAGCUAUAAUUCUUUUGACAAAUUUCAAAAUUGCAGUUAGAGAAAAUGAAUCUAAGAAAUUGUAUCUUUCAUUAAAUUGUAAAUGUUUAAAUGGUUAGUAUAAAAAAUGAUUAGAUAAACAAAAAUUGGUUUGCAACUAAUCGAUAUGACAAGCAGCUGAUAUCCCUACAAAAAGAAUUGUCUUUCAGUUUUAACUUGCAUUUUGUCCGGGAACUCCUUUUCUGGUAAGUUGGGAAUGUCAGUGCAUACAGUCUAUUGAAAACAUGGAGUUCAAUCUGCACUGGUACAAUAUGUUUUCUGCUGUGCUAUGCGGGAUCUGCCUUGCUUGAUCAGACAAGCAGUGUGUUUAGCAACAUAUUUGGUCAUUGACCAUCAUCAAUCAUUGCAAUGUUGAUUAAAGGGAUUUCAGCUCAUAAGGAAAGUUUCUUUCCAUAUCAGCUGAUAAUAUGUUUAUGCGUAGAAGCAUGAAAAUUUCAACCUUUUUUCCCUCAGAAGUCUUGGCAUCUGUUUCUACAAGUUUUGGAUGUAUUUUGUUACCUGCCUUUAUUCAUAGAAUCAUAGAAUCAUAGAAUCGUAAGGGUUGGAAAGGACCUUAAGAUCAUCUAGUUCCAACCCCCCUGCCAUGGGCAGGGACACCUUGCCCUAAACCAUGUGGCUCAAGGCUCUGUCCAACCUGGCCUUGAACACCGCCAGGGAUGGAGCAUCCACAACCUCCCUGGGCAACCCAUUCCAGUCCUUCACCACCCUCACUGUAAAGAACUUCUUCCUUAUAUCUAAUCUAAACUUCCUCUGUUUAAGUUUGAACCCAUUACCCCUUGUCCUACCACUACAGUCAUGUUUUCUAUAAAAAAUUUACAGCUUUUCCUUUGAACCCCUAUAAGCUUGUGCCAUUUUGGCAUACCUAUUUAUAUGAGUAGGGUGUGGGGGGGAGGGUUUCUGCCUGUAGGAGAUGACUAUGUAGGUUCUUCCGAGUUCUGUCUAAACCAAUGUAGAUAGAAUGAUUUUGUGAGCACCUUUCAAGUUUUGUCUCUGCAGGCUGGACUGAUGAAAUCGUUGUUAGAAUUAAUAAAAUAUUUUGUGAUUCAGUA